CAUACUUGGUAUCGAACGACACGAUGGCUUUCGGUGACUAUCCUGCUGAGUAUAACCCCAAGGUGCACGGUCCCUACGACCCGGCCCGAUUCUACGGCAAAGCCGAUGUGCCAUUCGGACAGGUGAAGUUAGGAGAGCUGGGCGCCUGGCUGGGACGCCGCAACAAGAGCCCCAAUGCCCUUGCCGGAGCCGUGAGCCGUGCCUGGUGGCGCUGGCAGCACAAGUACGUGUUCCCCAAGCGCGCUGGCAUCGCUCCCUUCUUCCAGCUGACCGUCGCCAGCAUGACGUUCUUCUAUCUGAUCAACUACACCAAGUUGAAGCACCACAGGAACUACAAGUACCACUAAGCGGCACUCCGCUGGUGGCACCUCCUGCAACUCUACUCGAUCUUGAUCCAGUUACAGACUUUCCACACGGCGUGCGAGAGGCGGGCGGGCGAACACCACACAACAAUUACUAUAUUUGGCUUUUGUGUUUGAAAAACUGCUUAAGUGAAUAAAACGGCUGCGGAUAUCUCUGCCCAUA